AUGGUCAAUCUAUCGUCGGGCUACACCGACAUCCACAGCUAUGCCCGCGAUGUCAUAGCAUUCAUGCAUGAGCCGCUAUCAGUACAGAUUACAGGAGGCAUUCAUGUCAAUGAUGCUUUCAUCUAUGACGCCUGGGAGAAGCUGCCUUGCGAAUGGACGACAUGGUGGGAGUCAUUGCCCAGCCCACAAGACGCACAAAAAGACCUCAUCAACAGUCUUCACAAACAACCAGAAGCUAGGCGCCAUGAUCUCCCUGGCCGGCCAGGGAGCUUGUCGCGAUGGCUAGAACGGAUACGCAACCUGAGUCUCGAUCGCGAACAAUUGAUCUUACCCGACAAUAUUCCACACGUUGAAGUACCAGAGAUCAUGGCCAGUCGUAUGGUCACCAAGAAACUGGCAGAAGUUCGUGCAGGCGCUCGAUACAUCAACCACAUCUGCAAAACACACAACAUCACUCGCGUCAUAGACAUUGGCAGUGGACAAGGCUACCUCUCCUUGACUUUGGCAGCAGCAUGUGCUCUUAAAGUCCUCGCCAUCGAUGGCAGUGAGAAGCAAAUCCAAGGCUCAAAAGCAGCAGCUCAACAAGCAGGACUCGUCGAGAACGAGCACAUUACACAUCUCGCUCGCUUUGUAACCGGUACAGACGAAUUAAGUGCAGAAGUAACACUCUGGGCGGAGGGAGAGAAGUGUCUACUGACUGGUCUGCACGCCUGCGGUUCACUUUCCGAACAUAUGAUUCGUCUCUCCACCACCGUUCCCUGUAUAACUCAACUCGCAGUUGUAGGGUGCUGCUUCAAUCAUAUAAGUCCCCUCUCAGCCGAGAACCCUACAGGUUUCCCAAUCUCGUCCUUCAUGCGUACGAACAAUCUCAACCUCUCUACUUCGGCCUUGAUCACUGGCUGUCAAGCUCCAACAAACUGGACACACAACCCCGACUCGAUAUUUGCAAGAAAACACUGGUAUCGUGCUGUCCUAGAAAAACUGCUGUUCGAUAAAAAGCUAGUUCAGGAGGGCGACCAACGACCAGUUUGGGGUAUCAGGAACGGCGACUUGGGGAGUUUUACCGCAUAUACUUGUCGCGCUCUCUCAUCUCUGAAAUUGCAGAUUGGUCGGGAUGUCACAGAGCAGGAGAUUGCAGAGUAUGAAGAGAAAUAUCAGUAUAGAAUGGCGGAGACAGCGAUAUUGUGGACAUUAUCGGUGUUGCUGUGUAGGGUUGUGGAAUCUAUGAUUGCUUUGGACAGAGUGUUUUUUCUCAAAGAAGCUGGAAUGGCAGAGGUGAAUGCGUUGCCAGUCUUUGAGUAUAAAGAAAGCCCAAGGAAUCUGAUGGUUGUGGCUUCCAAGAAGGAGCUGACGGAUUUGAGAGAGCUGUAG